AUGAGGAGCGAUCCAAACGUGGAGGCGAAGGAGCAACAACAACAGGAGAAGGUGGCGACGCUCGUAGCGAAGGGGGCGGGAGGGUGGCAGCCGGUGGAGCUGAGCGAGAUGCUCGGGCCGCUUUUGGAGAGCGUGGUGGUCUGUGGUGGACGAGCAAUUGGCGGACGCGUCCGACGCCUCGGGUUCGGGGUCGAAAAAGCAGCUGCUGUUCGGGCAGUGCUGUCGCCCCUCUUCGCCGUGUACACGCUCCUCUUCCUCUUCCGCACCGUCCUCUCCUGGUUCCCAAAGUACAACCUCAACGCCUUCCCGUACAACGUCGCCGCCUGGCCGACGGAGCCGCUGCUGCGAGCCACGCGCCGCCUCAUCCCGCCCGUCGCCGGCGUCGACAUCACCCCGAUCGUGUGGAUCCUGCUCGGGCCGCAGGGCCUCCUCACGAUUGUGCAAAAGAAGGGCGGCUUCUGA